GUAUUUUAUUAUCUGUGAAAAAAUAUUUUUUAUUCAUUCAGUCAUUCACUCUUAUUUUCUCAUUUUUAGACAUUUCACAUCACAAGUCACAAAAAAUCGCAGUUUGUCAUCAACGAAGAUCGUAUUGGAAUUUUUAAAAUGGCGACCGAAGUGGAAGACACAAUCAAGCGAAUCCAAGCCCAUAAAGGUGUUAUGGGUGUCAUCAUCGUGAAUCACGAAGGCAUUCCUAUCAAAAGCUCUUUGGACAAUGCUACAUCUGUAUUAUACUCUGGACUGAUCGGUCAACUCACUGAAAAGGCUAAGAAUGUUGUGCGGGAAAUGGACACAACAAAUGAACUUACAUUUCUUCGUGUGAGGAGUAGGAGACAUGAGAUCUUGAUUGCACCGGAUCGUGAAUUCAUACUCAUUGUCAUACAAAACACUUCGGACUAGCUCCACAAUGAAACAUACUAGCACAUAUUUAAAUUAAGGGGCCUAGGAACCACAGUAUUUAAUCUUACAGCUGUAUUACAUAUAAUUUCAAAAUAUCACAAGGAAAAAAAAUUCCAUGAAAAUAAGAUGGCAGAAUAUUAAAAUAUCUUAAUACAGUCACUAGAUAAAAACAAUUAUCAAACUGAUCAUCACACUAUUCCCACAUUAGAAAAAAAAAAUCAUACACUGUGAUUGGCCCCUUUAAAAAAAGAAGAUUGCACUAGCUCAAGGAGUGUCACUAAAUAUGAAUCAAUUUAAUUUUAAAAGCUUUCAUUAUUAUUAGAAAUAAUUAAUUUAUUACUAACAAGAGCAUUCCUAAAGUGCCAUUUGUGCAAUGUCUUUGGUAAAAUUGGCAAAAUAUGUAUGGCUAAGAGCUAUUGAAGUGACUAGACCUCGAUUUGCAUGGCAAUAGAAUAUGAAGAAAGUUUGUGCCAAGCAAGGGCCAUCAGAUUACAGAUUGGCAGUUCAAAACGUUGACAGACUUGAAGAAUUAAAAUAAUAAUACUUACUAGUUUUAAGUUGCAAUUAUUUUUACUAGUGAUAGGGAUAACUUUUUUACAAAAUAGUCUUUUUUUUUUUAAUUUGUUUUGAGUUCGAUACUUCAUUAUUUUCUUGAAACAUUUUGUGAUUUUAUUUUAUUCAUGUAUUGUAAGAACACUAAUAAAUAUUUAUACACAUG